CACUCACUCACAGACAAACACAGAGACAGACAGACAGGAGACGGACAGCGAGAUCCUCCAGACACCCAGAGAGACCAGAACACAACCAGGAGCCACCAGUCUCCAAGCCCAGAGAACACCUACAGCAACUCGGUGAACCUCCGCUGACCUGAGCCACAGCUUGUGGAAGACACAACUUUUUGAACACACACACACACACAGUCUCAGAAGAGCCGACAGGAUGCAGGUGUGCACCGUGAUGGAGAAGCAGGCUGGCAGGGUGGUGGGUGCCGAGCUGGGCUGCAGCGUGCUGGAGGAGAACCCCAAACAGAGGGAGAGCUACACCGCUAACUGGCACAGCGUCAAGAUGAGGACACAGCACCAAGACAGGCAGUCCAUGCUGAUGUCCGACGACUCUCGGCGUGAGUCCAUGACGCGCCACUGGGAGUGCCGCCCCCUGCACCAGAACUGCCCGUCGGGCGUGUACCGUGUGGGCACCAUGGAGAGGGGCGUCCGUGAGCACCAGCUGCUGCCCCAGCGCAACACGCUGCCCCUGCCCAUCUUCAAGCCCGUGGAGCUGGGCGUGCGUCUGGGGCGCGGCGCCGCGCACCUCCCCGAGGACUUCGUCCCGGCCCAGCCCCCCUCCGGCGCCUGCCCCGACAAGAGGGCCAUCAGCGAGCUCACCCGGGACCUGCCGCCCGUCAAGCCCACCCGCAUGGAGUUCGCCAAGGCGCCCAGAACCCUCGGACGCUCCAUGUCACAGGAGGCACAGAGGGGGUGAAGAGAGGAGCAAGAGAGCAAGAGAGGAAGAGAGAGAGAAGGGAUGAGGAGAAGAACAUAUCAGAGAAAAUAUGGACUUUUGUAGACGGUGAGAGAAGGAACCAGAGGGGGGGAGUAGAAUGGGCUUAAUGUUUCCAACAACGUAGUAGACCUAUUGUCACAGUAUACAGUAUGUAUAUAUAGAAUGAACUGUGCUUCAGUAUAACUUAGACACGCAGACUCCCAUUGGCUCCCAUUCCCUCCCCAACCGGGCUGCCUGACAAAAUGAAGCCUUUGAAGCCUGAAAGCUCAUUGUGAGUCUACUGCUUUAAUACUCAACACAUUAUUUGCACUGUUUCAUAGAUAAGGCCCUUUAAAACAAUAUCCCACCCCCCUACCCUCGAGCUGUGAUGGUAUGAGCGGAAUGUUAGGCGCCCAGUUGUCCCAGCUAUGUGGCUGAAUGGUUUGAGCGUGAGGACAGAGGCUAUGUCUACUCAGUGAGAGGCAGAGGACAGGUCAUGUUGCUGUUUCCUCAGAUGCUGUUAAUCCCAGCAUACGCUGGCCGGGAUUAGAGCAGAUCUCUGAGGCCGAGGAACCAUGGCAGGUGGGCAAGGCUCCAUGCAGAGAAUGUUCCCAAUGGAGAAAAUGUUACAACUACUGACGUAUUUACAUUUGAUAUUUGUGGAAUGAUUUUGAUUAAAAACAAAGAAAGACACCAUGGAACUGAAUAGUUCUUGAAUUUCCCCUUGGGGAUCAAUAAAGUAUCUAAUAAAGUAUCUAUCUAUCUAGUACUCUAUUAGCGUCUAAAGAGAAAAAGAGGCAUGAAGCCAGGCAGAGAGAGAGAUAGAAGGAUAGAGAGAUAGAGCAAAAGAGACAGUUAUUGGCAAGAGAGCAGACGUUGAAAUAAAGGGAGUGACAGCAUAGCUGUGGGUAUUAAGACUGGACAUCCCUUGGCUGUGCUCCCUGUCCCCUUACACAACAACAUACUGGUCACUACCCUGACCAGACCUCUGGCAGUCCUUCUCAAAGCAACACAGGAACAGCACAGAGGGAUGUGUGAGUGCAUUUAUAUUGGGCUUUGUUUUUAGUGUUCAACAAGGCCACAUCCCACAUCCCAUAAUAUAGCUUGGUUACUAGUGAGUGUCUUGUAGUUACUUGCACUAAACUGAGAGAAUAGUAUCAUAACUUCUGUCACAAACUGAUAUUAUUGCAUCUUCUGAAUGGUUGUUGCGUUGAUGUGAAAUACUGAAGAAAUGUUUUUGUUGAUUGUUUUCUUUAAAAUACUGAUUAAAUAAAAGUUGUAUUUUUCUGUAAGUAAAAUCAAAUAAAAAAAAUUAUAAAAAAAUAAAAACAUAACAAAUUGCUCCUGU